AUGGCUUUACCAUGUUCUUCAAAAUCAAUAACGGAAACAGAUUCGUCCAAAAACUUAAAUAAUGAUGAGGACGUAAGCGAAGAUAAAAGAAACAGUGACGGUGAUGAAAUUGAUUCUGGAGUACGUGAAGGUGAUGGUGAUCAAAAUAGUGAAGGGGAAGAAUCUUGGAGUGAUUCUUCAUCAUUAUUAGUUGAUGAUGAACCGAAGCCAUCAGUGUUAGCUCAAAAAUCAACUUGUUCAAAGCCUUUUGUACAGAGAAAAAGAAAAUAUGAUAAUUCAACCAAUAAACCAGAUGAUUCUGAUUCAUCUACUUUAUGUAAAAAAAUUAAUGCAGAGAGUAAGACUGAAGGAGUAUCCAGCUCUGGGAAAGAAAAAACUAAAACUAGAUGCAUUAUUCCAACCAAAGAUAACCCUCCACCUGAAUUACACGACUGGUUGGUUCAAUUCCAAAAAUGGACUAAUGCUGAAAGGCUCUUGGGUUUGGAUCAGCUUAUCGAAUUAUGCAAUCCAUCUCAAGUUCGUCAUAUUAUGCAAGUUAUUGAACCUCAAUUUCAAAGAGAUUUUAUUUCCCUUUUGCCCAAAGAGUUGGCACUCCACGUCCUUUCAUUUUUGGAGCCAAGAGAUCUGCUACGAGCCGCUCAAACUUGUCAAACAUGGAGAUUUUUGGCCGAAGAUAAUCUUUUAUGGAGAGAAAAAUGUCGCGAAGCCGGCAUCGAAGACGUGAGAGAAUAUCUUCAUAGGAGACGUCAAAGAUCUGGAACAAAUGUCACGUCUUCGUGGAAAGCCGCAUUCAUGAGACAGCACAAAAUAGAAAUGAAUUGGAGAACUAGACCUAUCAGAGCUGUUAAAGUACUCAAAGGCCACGAUGAUCACGUAAUAACUUGCUUACAAUUUUCUGGAAACCGCAUAGUAUCAGGAUCGGAUGAUAAUACGCUUAAAGUCUGGUCGGCAACGACAGGAAAGUGUUUAAGAACUUUGGUGGGUCAUACGGGUGGUGUCUGGUCUUCACAAAUGUCCGGAAACAUUAUCGUUUCCGGUUCAACAGACCGAACUCUCAAAGUAUGGAAUGCGGAAUCUGGUAGUUGUAUUCACACACUCUACGGUCACACUUCUACUGUUCGCUGUAUGCAUCUGCACCAAAACAGGGUCGUAAGCGGUUCCAGAGAUGCAACGUUAAGAGUAUGGAACAUAGAUACCGGCGAGUGCCUUUAUGUUUUAGUAGGUCAUUUAGCUGCGGUACGAUGUGUUCAAUACGAUGGAAAACUUGUAGUAUCUGGUGCUUAUGACUAUAUGGUUAAGGUUUGGAUUCCAGAAAGAGAAGAAUGUCUGCACACUCUUCAGGGUCACACGAACAGAGUUUAUUCUCUGCAGUUUGACGGGGUUCACGUAGUUAGUGGGUCUUUAGAUACUAGCAUAAGGGUAUGGGAAGUCGAAAGCGGAGCUUGCAGGCACACGCUGAUGGGUCAUCAAAGUUUAACUUCGGGUAUGGAGUUGAGAAACAACAUUUUAGUUUCGGGAAACGCGGAUUCGACGGUCAAAGUCUGGGACAUUGUUACGGGACAGUGCCUUCAAACCCUAUCAGGGCCUAACAAACAUCAAUCCGCGGUAACUUGUCUUCAGUUUAACAAACGUUUUGUAAUAACGUCUUCCGACGAUGGAACGGUUAAAUUAUGGGACGUGAGAACGGGGGAAUUCAUACGGAAUUUAGUGGCACUGGAUUCGGGAGGAUCGGGCGGUGUGGUUUGGAGAAUUCGAGCAAACGAAACAAAAUUGGUGUGCGCCGUGGGAAGCAGAAACGGUACCGAGGAAACAAAACUUUUAGUCUUAGAUUUCGAUGUCGAAUCGUCCAAAUCGACAUCUUGA